CCAGGGUGCGGCCCGGGAGCCCCAGCAUGGUGCAGAUCGUCAUCUCCAGCGGCGGCGCGGGGGCCCUGGCACAGUGGGUGCUGGUGGAGCUGCAGGGCGAGGUGGUGCCCCGGCAGAGCGGGAGCCUGGCCGGGAGCCUGCUGGGAGACCUGCACUACACCUCUGAGGGUAUCCCUGUGCUCAUCGUGGGCCAUCACAUCCUCUACGGGAAGGUGGUGCAGCUGGAGAAGCCGUUUGCAGUGCUGGUGAAGCAGGGAGGAGCCCCCCAGCCCAGCCCCACGGGGCUCCACGGCCGCUACACCGUCACCGCCCUCAUCAAAACCAAACUGCUCUUCAAAACCCGCCCCAAGCCCAUCAUCACCCACGUGCCCAAGAAGGUCUAAGGGGAAGGAUGUGGGCUGUGAACUGUGAUCUGCUGCUGGAAAGAGCGGCAGGGACUUGGGAAGAUCCAGGACCUCAUCCCUGUCCUGCACAGAAGACUCGGGAGCUGCUGGUGUCUGGACACCUAGAGCCCUUUCUGGGUCACUUGUCCCCGCCAAAAUGACUAUUUUCAGAGAGUGACCAAGCUCUUGGCCUCAUACCCUGUGGGUCACCCUCAGGGAUACAGCUCCUGGUAGAUAGGGACCUCCUGUGAGCCUGGGCAGGGGUGUCCCACCCUACAGGCUGCCCGCAGUGUCCAGCAGCUCCCAGGGAUCCACGGAGGUGCCAGUGUGGAGAUGUCUCCUUCUACCCCCUCCCUGCAGCUGUAGGGGCACCAGUGCCAUGCAGGGACUCAGGACCAACCUCCCUCAAGUCAGGCAGGGGGACCAGGGACCCUCCCCAAAACACACCAUGUAUCCUCACUGCAAGUCUUUAUUUCCACAUUCCAUCAGGAUAUAAAAACCAGCUUUUUCCGCCCGAAAUAUGAAAAAAAAUCCCCCUGGCAGGUUCAAAAAUAAAUAGAUUUACAAACCAUCUGCAACAAUA